CGCUUUGCCUUCCUCUCAAACUCUUCUGGUAUACAACACAACAGUCUCAGGAGAAGAAGAAAAUAGAAACAAAAAACAAUGGAUAGAAUGGUACUAGUGUUGUUAGCAGUGUGUGUGAUCCCAGCGCUUGCCACCGCCAACUACCUUGGCAACGGAAAACCAUUCACAGUGAGGGGCCGCGUCUACUGCGACACUUGCCGCUUCGGAUUUGAGACCAGUCAAUCCCCCGGCAUCGUUGGUGCUAGAGUUAGAAUCGAUUGCAAGGACAAAGACUCUAUGCAGGUUGAGUACAGCAUUGGGGCAGUGACUGACAAUAAUGGAGAAUAUAGCAUAAUAGUGAGCGGCGACUUUGGGGAUGAUAUUUGUGAUGCAGUGCUGGUUAGUAGCCCGCAACCCGACUGUAAUGAGGCAGGCCCAGGACGCAGUCGCUCACGUCUGACCCUCACCCGCUACAAUGGCGUCGUCACUGACACUUGCUUCGCAAAUGCCAUGGGAUACUUGAGGAAGGAGCCCAUGUCUGACUGCGCCGAGCUAUUCCAGAAAUACAAGGACCCUGAAGAUGAUUCUUGGAAUAGUCGUUCUUAAUCUCUGUCUGUCAAUUAUAUGAGAUAUUAUAUAUAUAGGUUUGAGUUUGGAUAGUAAUGCUUCUUUUGGUCUCUCUAAAUUUAUCUGUUGCAAUUUUUUUUUUUUUAAUUUGGAUUGAGGCUAUGUUUCUGAGUUGGUGGGACUGUUUCAUAAUGUAGUCACUUAAUUGUGGCUUUCAAACCUAAGUUGUUGUAAGCCAUCUUCAUCAUUAUUCUAGCUACUGUUACUUUAAUUAUGUAUUUUCUUAUGAGACCCAA